AUGCUUUGGCUCCAGAUCCUGUCGCUCUGCUGGGACCAUGGAUAUGGACACUUUUGCACAUGGAAUCAAUUUCGACUACAGCUUCACUCUGCUUUCCAGCCACGAGUCAUUGUGCCAAGCAGAGUGAUACAAGCAUACCCACCGAGUGAUGCAUUCCCCCUCGGAAACUGCGAUACUGUCCUAAUCAAUGUCACAGGUGGUGAUGGCCAAAGCAGUAAUCGUGUUGCACAAGUUCGACUCAUCUUUCAGCCAAAGAUUCCACAGGCUUCUGACUUGGUGUUACCAAUGUACCUUUCAAGUCCACUCCUCUACGUCCAAUUCUUCCACUUCAUCACUAAUCCCAAUGACCAUCCUGAACUUGCGAUGUGGACAGUGGAGCGCACAUACAUGAUAGACCAAUGUGGCAGACAUUGUAGGUGUGGUGGUGUCGUGUUGUUGACAGAUGUAACACACACUGUCGAAUUGAUACCAGAAUAUGGUAACAAGGUAGACGAGAGGAUUUCUUCAGCCACUAGUUUGGAGAGCUAUGACCGGUUUUUUCUCAACAGUUUUGCAGAUAAGGAAAGUUAUCAUACAUUUAGCACAGAGUUCGCAUAG